AUGUCUGAUGCUUCCACUGAGAAGAUUGAGGCAUUGACUGAUAAGCUGACACAGCUUACAGAAGUGGUGACUCAGAUGACUCAGAUUCGUGAUAAUCGGUCAUCAUCAUCGUCAUCGGCAACUCUUGUUGGUCUAAGACUACCUAAUGUCGUUCUGCCCGUCUACAGAUCGACGGAUGAUUUAGAUGACUUCUUGCAUCAAUUGAGGUCCAUUCUUGCGACUACAGAGACCCCUACGAAACAUUGGGUUGCUCUGCUGAAACAGCAAGUGAUGCAAGAUAAGAGGGCUUUCGAUUUGGUGAGGUUAGCUGAGUCUCAGUAUCAUUCUGAGCUCACGAGUGCCAAGUCAGAGGAGGACUAUCGUAACUACUACAAAAAAGUUCAGAGUUUCCUAUCUUCUAAAAGAGGGAAACCUAAGGAGGAGAAGACUCUCGAUCUACUCACCAAGUUCAAUGCUAUGUCUCAGAAUGUCGAUGAGACAGUAGAAGAAUUCUCUGUGCGAUUUCUGGAUCUCCAUCAUGAUCUGCAGAAGUUGAUCCCUAAAAUCUAUGUGACUACCUCCCAGGAGGAGAAUGGAUCGACUAAGGUUAAUGGCCUUCAGUUGCAGUUGCGGUUCAUUGUGCAUUCAAGCUGCGGGAAGAGAUCCGUAAAGAGAUUGUUGCCCGACAGAUUAAGUGUGGAAGAGAAGAACAUUUUGCUCGAGACUAGAGCCGAGUUUCUCACGCUGGCUGGAACCAGCAACCUAUCGAUAGGACUGGAAUCUCUCUAA